ACUACAAAUCCAAACACUACCCCUGUAUUCUCUCAGCUCUCUGUAUAUGCCCUAAUAUUUAACACAUAUUUCUCUCUGCAUUCCCACCACCAAAUCUCUGUACAUAAAUCUCUCUCAAAUUCGCCCCCUGCAUUUUUCUUCUUGCAAUCUGGAAAUUUAUACGCACAUGCAAUAUAAUAUUCGAGUAUUUUUCCCCAAGCAAGUUUAGAAAAUCGCCGGAAGUAUAUAUACUACAGGUAUAUCAUAUAUGUAUGUUUUCAUCUAUUGGUAGUGUGGCGGUUUUAGGAGCGUUUAGGGUGUUCCUGGAUCCCCUUUUUAUGGUUACUCUAUUUGAGGUAGGGCUACUCGUCUUCCAUUGACUGCUCGUUUGGUCUAGAUUGUUGCGGACGUGUAUCGGUUUAUUUCUGCGUAGGAAGUUGGUUAUUUCUGUGUGUUUGAUUGUUGUGGCAGAACCCUAGUACGUCAGGGGAUUUUAGUUCGAAGGGUUGGAGUUUACUUCUUUGAGUAAUGAGCGAAAAGUUGGUUACUUCUGUGUGUUCGCUGUGUACUGGAGUUUGCUUCUGGGUUUUUAGUUUGUGAUGGGGUGAUACUUGAAGAGAGGAAAGUGUUCGGUUCUAGGAUUUUGAUUGUGCUGUUGGACUAAAAAGAGAUUCUGUUAAGCGGGUUUGGGUGAAGGAUGAAGGAGAGCCAGGAUUUUUCUUGUAUUGGUUGAUUCGGAGAUCCUCUGGAUGGAAAAAUUGCGGAAAAGUUAAAAAACGAAAAUCCCCUUACGUGAAGGAGUUGAGUGCUACUCACUGUUUCGGACAUCAUAGAAAGAUUUUGAUUUGUGGGACUGGUGAAAAGCUUGGGAUUUAUAGUUUCUGUUGCAUCAUUAGGGCAAUGGGUUGAUGUUUGUGUAUAGAGCUCAUCAAUCAUGCAACCGAAUGCAUUGGGAUAAAGGAGGGUGUUUGACUGCAGCAUUUUCAGCUUUGACCCUCUAUAGUAAUUAGAUCAUGUCCAGUACAGAUGGAAAGAACUGAACAUGCGCUAGUUCCUGGAUGGUUAAAAUGUACAGGAAAUGUUGCUGUAGGUGGCACCUCAGCCCACCACUCAGAUAUUUCUUCUUCCAUGCACUCAACCCGAAGUCGGUCAAUUAGGAGCAACAGUGAGAAAGAUAACCCAUGGUUUCUGCACAGAAAUUCAUCAUCCGGUUCUGGGCAGAAUCCAAGUAGUAAUGGAUCCUCAAAGCAUCCAUAUAGUAGUUUCACAAGGAGUCAUCGCGACAGAAACCAUGAUAGAGAGAAGGAGAAGUCUCUUUCAGAAGAUAUUUGGGAGCAUUACUCUUCAGACCCCUUUGCAAGCAUAUCAACUAGUAGAAUUGAGAGGAGUGCCUUUAAGCAUUCUCAAUCACUUGUUUCCAGAAAAGCUUGUGAAGUCUUGCCCCGCUGGGUAGAGGACUCAAGAAACAGCAUCAGCAGUCAGAGUUGCUGUAAUAGUGUGCUUUCUGUGGGAAGUAAUAGUAGUGGCAUUCAGAAGCCUAUUUUUGAAAAGGAUUUUCCAUCACUUGGAACUGAGGAGAAGCUAGAUAUGACUGGAAUUAGGAGAGUCUUGUCUCCUGGUUUGACUUCGUCUGUUCAGAGUUUGCCCAUUGGCAAGUCAGUGUUUCAGGGUGGUGAGAAAUGGACUUCUGCUUUAGCAGAGGUUCCCGCUAUUCUUGCCGACGAUGGCAUGGACCACUCUUAUUUUCAACAGAAUGUCUCUAGGUUUCCAACUUCUGCAUCUGGAACCUCUUGUACAGCAGGUUUGAACAUGGCUGAGGCAUUGUCACAGCCUCCGGCCCAAGUUCGUACUGCAUCCCAGCUACCUGAUAAGAUUCAGAGGCUUGAGGAAUUGGCUAUAAAGCAGUCCAAACAAUUAAUUCCAGUGACACCAUCGAUGCCUAAACCCUCGGGUUCUGGAGACAAAUCAAAACAACCAAGGAUUGCAGUCAGAAAUGGUGAGAUGAUUGUGGCUUCCAAGGGUGUCAACCCUCAGUCCCAUUCACCUCAUCUUUCUAAUCAGUCUCACAUUGGACAAGUCAGAUCUGAUUUUCCAAGUUCCUUUCAGAAAGGGAAGUUUUUGGUUCUCAAACCAGGGCGUGAGAAUGGUAUCACCAUUGUGACAAAGGAUGCAGCUGUUUCAACUGGUGAUGCCAAUUGCAGAGUGCUUAAUGGCCAAUUACCCAUGGCUCCAUUGAGAACUGCAUCGAUGAGUCUAAACAAUUCUAUGGUUCCUGCUCUGGGAAACAAGGUUGGUGCCUUAUCACUAAGUUCCAGAUCUACUGUGGACAAGAGAUCCUCUCAAUCUCUGGCCCGAAGCAGAAGUGAAUUUUUUAAGCUCAUGAGGAGAAAAACCACACACAAUGCUACAACCAGUCACUCAGAUUCAAGUUUGGCUGUUUCAUCUCCCACUGCACAGAUAUCUGGAGAAAUAAAUAAAGAAGGCCAUACUCCCAUACGUCCUCGCCAUUUGGAGAAUGGUACCCAGAUGAUCUGCAAUGGAAAUGGACAUGACAUUCCUCAGAAUUCCCAUAAAUCUUCUGAUGUCGGGGAGGACAACUCUUUUGUUAAUGGAGCAAUUUGUCCAGAUGAAGAAGAGGCUGCAUUUCUUCGCUCGCUUGGUUGGGAAGAAAAUGGUGGGGAAGACGAAGGCCUCACGGAGGAAGAGAUCAAUGCCUUCUAUCAAGAGUACAUGAAUAGGCAGCCAUCUUUGGAAGUGUGUGAAAGUCCUCGGCCAAAAUGCUUGGCCUCUUCGGUAUUUCAAUAUGCUAUUCCUGGUAUCGCAUGUUCUGAAUCAAGCUCCUCUGAGUCUGAAGCUUGACAUCUAAUUCACGCUGAAUGUAUCUGGGAAUUCAAUUUUGUUGGUGAGCGGUUGUCUUUUCUUUAUAUUUUGCUUUGACGAAGAGCUAAAAUGAUGACUGGUCCUUGGAUGUCUAUGGAUAAUAAAAUACUGGCAUCUGGGAUUGAUGCUGGCAGAAAAAGAGUUCGCUCAAUACACUCGAAGAUAGGUUAGGAAUGCAUGGAUAGCAUUACUGCUACUGCAUCAACAGGUGCUCAUCUUUUUGACGUACUUGGUCAUUUUUCGUGGGAUCUCACUUGAAGUGGGGAAGUAUAUUUGGUUCAUUUUACACAGAGGUGAAAAAAAAGAUGGAAAAUGAUAAUUUAGUUUUACUUCUUAUUUUCCUUUUGACUUUUAUUCUUAACCCGUUAAUUUAGCUUGUGUAAAUCGAUAGCUUCGUUCAAUAUUUUGAGAGAGACAGACUCUGGCAUUUCAAAUAACAAGGUAGCUAGAGUGUAUUAAGAGUUCUA